UAAAAGUUAAGCUUAAUAUUCUGCUGGCUUCAAAAAAUAGAAGUAGGUUCUUCUAGACAGAGAGAGCCAGAGAGAAUCUCAUCAACCCGAUUCCAAUGUCGACGUUCUUGGGCGCUUCCAAUCCCAAUCCAAACAAAUCAUUCGAGGUCGCUCAGCCCCCAACCGACUCCGUUUCCAGCCUCAGCUUCAGCCCCAAGGCCAAUCUCCUCGUCGCAACCUCGUGGGACAAUCAGGUGAGAUGUUGGGAGAUACAGCAGAGUGGAGGAAAUGUUGCCAGUAUGCCCAAGGCAGCCAUUUCGCACGAUCAGCCGGUUUUGUGCUCAGCUUGGAAAGAUGAUGGCACAACUGUGUUCUCUGGAGGUUGUGAUAAGCAAGUUAAGAUGUGGCCUCUGAUGUCUGGUGGAAACCAAGCAAUGACUGUUGCGAUGCAUGAUGCGCCCAUCAAGGAGAUAGCUUGGAUCCCUGAAAUGAGUGUAUUAGUGACAGGAAGCUGGGACAAGACUUUGAAGUAUUGGGAUACAAGGCAGCCAAACCCAGUGCAUACCCAACAGCUCCCAGAACGAUGCUAUGCAUUAUCAGUGAGACACCCUCUGAUGGUGGUUGGAACUGCUGAUCGAAAUCUUAUUGUUUAUAACUUGCAGGCACCACAGGCUGAGUUUAAGAGAAUCAUUUCACCUCUAAAGUAUCAGACAAGGUGUGUUGCGGCAUUUCCUGACCAGCAAGGAUUCUUGGUUGGCUCUAUUGAAGGGAGGGUUGGCGUACAUCAUCUGGAUGAGGGACAACAAAGUAAAAACUUUACCUUCAAGUGCCACAGAGAGGGGAACGAGAUAUACUCGGUCAAUUCACUGAACUUCCAUCCUGUGUACCACACAUUUGCUACUGCUGGUUCUGAUGGUUCUUUCAACUUUUGGGACAAGGACAGCAAACAGAGACUAAAGGCCAUGGCAAGGUGCAGUCAACCAAUACCUUGCAGUACUUUCAACAACGAUGGUUCCAUAUAUGCAUACUCGGUUUGCUAUGACUGGAGUAAGGGUGCAGAAAAUCAUAACCCGGCUACAGCAAAGAACUACAUCUACCUUCAUGUUCCACAGGAAUCUGAGGUCAAAAGCAAGCCGCGAAUCUCAACUAGUGGAAGAAAAUGAAACUGAUCAUGAUUAUCCUGAUCAGACAUGGUAUUGUACAAGUGUAGUGUUGUAAAUAGGACAUGAUUGAGGCAAUGCCCAUCCUAGUAGAUGAUUAGGUAGGACAGUGUCUGGUCUUAUGUUUAAGUUUUCAUAACACUUCAGAGUUCUGGCUACGUACAAGAUUGGUAUGUUAGUACCGCAAAUGGUUCUGAAUACCCUGUAAUCUAGGGUAAAUUUCAUUGAGCUCCCUCAGUUUGUGAUUAUUCUGAUGCCA